CCUAUUCCGUACGCCCAUGACGACCUUUCUGUAUGAAUUACCGACAACAGGCGCUAUUUCAUUCGCCGAUUUUUGCGUAGACCGCAGCCUUGGAAAGGUAUACACGACUCAUAUCGCGAAUGCGACGCAGAGCCGAGCUAAUCUUCGCGGCGCAUUGAAAGAAAACAAGCGUACUGACGGCGAAAAGGACUACUUGAAGAUAGUAAAGAUUCUCGACGAAUAUAUACCUCAACUCUGUUCAAUAAUUAGUUGCACAGCACACGACGAAAUAAGCCUGCAGCUUGAGCCAGUAUUCAGCUGGCGAAGUACACUCUCUGCACACGUAUUCAACUCAUCGCCUCGCGUAUCUCUGCCGUCCUUGCACGCCGAAUAUGCCUAUACACUGUUGACCUAUGCAUUUGCUUUGUCAAAUAUGGCUAGGUCUAUUGUUGCAUCACUAGGGCCAUAUGAGCAUGAUCGCGCCAUAUCGGAUGUUGAAAGGAGGUCAAAGGAUGAGAAGCUGAAUCAUGCCAUUACCUUCCUCUGCAGAGCCAGCGGUAUAUUUUCGUUCAUCAGCGAAACAGUACUCCCUGAAUGGAGAGAUAGCCGCGAUAGCGGUCUUUCAGGCCUCAGGCUCCCACCAGAUUUAAGCACCGAAGUCAACGGCGCGUUAUCCAAAUUAGCCCUAGCAGACGCUCAAAGUCUUGCCAUUCGCAAACUCCUUUCUAAGUCCGCAUAUGACAGUAAUGUUACCCCAGGACCACCCCUUCCGAAGUCUCACCCGUCUCCGGCUCUCAUAGCCAAACUCCACUUGGAAUGUGGGUCGCUGUACUCGUCCACCCGGUCACUAGCCAAGACUCCUGGUUCCACGGGUGAUUCUGGGGAGGUCUCCGUGGUUCUGCGUCGAUAUCUUGCUGAUGAAUACGCCUUUCACUCUGCCCUAGCACAUAAAUGGCUUGGCGUGGACGCAGGCGAGUUUGGUGGCACAGCCAAGGGUGGAGAUGCUGUGGGGUUUCUGACCUGGGCAAAGAAGGAGCUAGAGGACCUGAAAGACGGCGGCAAAGGUAUUGGAAUCACGCGGGGCGAGAAGGAGAAGACCAGCCGUACCUUAAGGAAAGGAAAAGUUGCGGAAGAACUAGAGAGUGUCAACAUUUGGCUGAAGAAUUACAAGAAAGCAAACGACACGCUGCAUUUCCAACCGGUACCUCCUCAGGCAGAUCUACAAGCACGUAUACCUGCUGGCCGAUUGGCUGUUGCGGCGAAAGCGUACACACAGCCUUCGCCUAUUUUUGGGCCGGGUUCUACGGAAUUUAUUCAACAGCGGACCGAGGAACUCGACUUGAGCUUGGACGAGAAGUCUUUGGGACCCGUGGGUGACAGCUUGGCAGAGGCGUCUACCGCAACAAGCCCAACAUAUGCAGGUGCCGGAUCCUACUUCUAAAUAAUAGGCUCCAUGCUGAAUACGGUAGAGUCUAAUGUAUCACAUAUCUGUACGAGUUUUCGUGUGUAGAAUUUAGGAAAUCUGUAAGAUUCGUUGAAAUGUAUUGUUUGUAAAUCACGGC